UCUUUUGGUCAGACACACCUGCGAAACUUCCCAGGAGAGCAUCCUUGGGAUCUACUCACCCCCUGUUCCUUCAGGGAUGGAGGCGAUGGCCGCCAGCACUUCCCUGCCUGACCCUGGUGACUUUGACCGGAAUGUGCCUCGGAUCUGUGGAGUAUGUGGAGACCGAGCCACGGGCUUCCACUUCAAUGCUAUGACCUGUGAAGGCUGCAAAGGUUUCUUCAGGCGGAGCAUGAAGCGGAAGGCCCUGUUCACCUGCCCCUUCAACGGAGACUGCCGAAUCACCAAGGACAACCGUCGCCACUGCCAGGCCUGCCGGCUCAAACGCUGCGUGGACAUCGGCAUGAUGAAGGAGUUCAUCCUGACAGAUGAGGAGGUGCAGCGCAAACGGGAGAUGAUCAUGAGGAGAAAGGAAGAAGAAGCUUUGAAGGACAGUCUGAGGCCCAAGCUAUCUGAGGAACAGCAGCGCAUCAUAGCUAUCCUGCUGGAUGCUCACCACAAGACCUACGACCCCACCUACGCUGACUUCAGGGAUUUCCGGCCCCCGGUUCGUGCGAAUGGAAGUGAAGGGAGCUAUUGCGCAAGGCCCACACUCAGCUUCUCCGGGGAUUCCUCCUCCUCCAGCUCCGAUCUCUAUACCACCUCACUAGACAUGAUGGAACCGUCCAGCUUUUCCAACCUGGAUCUGAAUGAAGAAGAGCCUGAUGAUGCUUCUGUGAGUCUGGACCUGUCCCAGCUCUCCAUGUUGCCCCAUCUGGCAGACCUUGUCAGCUACAGCAUCCAGAAGGUCAUAGGCUUUGCCAAGAUGAUCCCAGGAUUCAGGGACCUCACCUCCGAAGACCAGAUUGUACUGCUCAAGUCAAGUGCCAUCGAGGUCAUCAUGUUGCGCUCCAAUCAGUCUUUCACGAUGGAUGACAUGUCCUGGGACUGUGGCAGCCAGGACUACAAGUAUGAUGUCGGCGAUGUCACCAAAGCUGGGCACACCCUGGAGCUGAUUGAGCCCCUCAUAAAGUUCCAGGUGGGGCUGAAGAAGCUGAACUUACAUGAGGAGGAACACGUUCUGCUCAUGGCCAUCUGCAUUGUCUCCCCAGACCGACCUGGGGUACAGGACGCCAAGCUGGUUGAAGCCAUUCAGGAUCGCCUAUCCAACACGCUGCAGACCUACAUCCGCUGCCGCCACCCACCCCCAGGCAGCCACCAGCUAUAUGCCAAGAUGAUCCAGAAGUUGGCUGACCUGCGAAGCCUCAACGAGGAGCACUCCAAACAGUACCGCACCCUCUCCUUCCAGCCCGAGAACAGCAUGAAGCUCACGCCCCUUGUGCUAGAGGUGUUUGGCAAUGAGAUCUCCUGACCAGGGUGGCCCUGCCGUGGAGCCUGGGUGGGGCCGCUCCUCCGGGGCCCCGUGCCCAGGCUCUGGGCUGGUGGCAGCCCAGCAGUGCCUCCUGGCCCUUCUGGAGUUCCUCUGCCAUCGCCCAUGUCUGUCUGGCCUGUCCUCGCCCCUGCCCAGCCUGUCUCCCUUUCCUGCAGACCACAGGCUGUCCCUGUCCCUUGAGCCUUCAGAUAUGAGAGACUGCUGUUCAUUUGCCAAAGAGACUCAAGUGUGGGUAGAGGGCAGAGGCUGCAGGCAGAGCCCCACCUAGGGAUGCUCCCACCACAAGAGGCUGCUGCUUGUGUCAAGGGAGGCAGGCAGGAGAAAUGUGCCCGUGCCUCGGGGACAGGUACCUGUACCUCCCCCGGCUCCAGUCCCACCUGCCCAGAGCCUAGUGGGAAAUCCUCUACCCCCUCCAAAAAGGGUACACAACCUACCCACAAUCCCCACUGUAUGCCAUCUCAUCCUGCCGACAGUGUGUCCUAGUCUCUCCCAGGGCAGUAGGUCACCGUGGGGCCUCCUUCCUCUGCCAUUAUACUCAUGGACUCAUUCACUGCCAAGAUGAGCAAAUACACUACCACACUAAGCAACGAGGACUCGCCUAGCCCCAUAGUUCCCACUUUUGAGGUUUUGCAUGGGAAUUCCCUGGGAUCAGUACUUCUGGUAUAGUGGGCUUCUUCCCCAUUCCCAGAACCACUGACCUAGAAAACACUGGCAGAAAGGCCCCAGGGGAUGGAACAUGGGGCCCAAGUAUGGAAGAACAGAGCCAGCCUCCCAGCAGGACAGUGAACAGAGACCCCUCUGUCCUUGGUCCCUCAGCCUGGAGAUAGUGAGACCUCUCCUCUCACCUACCGGUGUGUCAGAACCAAAUGUCCCCAACUUUCAGAAAAUCCCCAGCCCUGUCUUCACCUCUGACCCUGACAGUGCCUUACCUAGGAAAGCGUCUCUUUGGCUUCCCGGGGUCUUACCCUCUUGUCACCAAGAAUGUCCCAGAAGUAUCUCAGCUUCCCCAUCACCCCAUUGGGAGCAGCAGUGUCUCCUCUCGCUUACGUAGGGGAGCUGCCUUUUCUCCACCCAGAAGAAUGGGAUGGAGGAAAACCAAGAGCUGCCCAGGCGGGCCUCCAAGCCUGCUUUUCAGAUGGAAAGCCAGACAGGAGCACUCCACACCUCAGGAGAUAGGUGGAGGGGUGAUCAGAAUGUGUGGGGUGCAGCGAUACGGUGCCCCUCACUCCACCACCCCAAAGUCAAGGUAGGCCUAUGACAUGGACAGGUGAUGGGCUGGGUAUGUCUCUUCAAACUCCGCUUCUUCCUCUGUAGCAGCCUAGCCCAGGAGUUUGGAACCCUGAUCUCGCUCACCCCAAGUACACCCCUUUCUGAUCAUGGGUUGUAGGUGUGUGGGACCCAUACACAAAAGAUUUUCACAGGGGGACUCAUAGAAGGUCCUUCAAGUAAAUGCUUGAUUUGGGGUACACGGCCAUAUUGAAAGCACCCAUAGAGUGCUAAGGUCAGUGGGAACAUGAGCCCCAGAUGUAUCCUUCUUCCUACAUUUUUUUUUUAUUCCCUCAAAACCCUGGGACAAAACAGGUUUAACAUUGCAAGAACCGUUAGUGUCCACCCGGCCCUGUGUUUCCCAGAAUUCAAGUGGAAACCGUCUGGGGCCACAUUCCCGUAUUGUAGACCGGCAUACAGAAGCUUCCUUUUUUAAAUUUAUGAAAUCAGGGUUGUUUUCAGAAUUAGACCGCACCUAUACUGUGUCCUAACAUUGAGAUGGUAGCACCUGAAUCAGAGCAAUUGAUAUGUGUGUGUGUGUGUGUGUGUGUGUGUGUGUGUGUGUGUGUGAAAAUACUGAACGUUGAUAAUUAUUGUUACUGCACAAAAAACAAAAACCAGAGAGACCUUCAAUGUUAGCUGCAGACACGUUGAUCCAGCUCACUGUUCAAUGGGAGGGAAAGUGAAAAUUGCUACGCUCCUCCAACUGCUUUAGAACGAGAACCCGCCAUUAGAGGAGAGGGUGGUUUACUGGGGCUCUUAGAAUUAGAAACACCCCCAGGCUUGGAGAAACUUUGAACUCAUGGCCCUGGGCCGGUUUAUACUGAGCCUGUUUCCACUGCCCUGGUAGUUGACCCAGGAUUUGAGGAAGCCCUGGGUUUUAGAGCAAACCUACUCUGGGACUUGCUUCUCCCCGGGGUAAUAAACCCACCCACCCUCCGAAGGAGGAGGGCAGGCAUCAGUCUCCCUGGGCGAAGCCUGGCUUUUGGCUUCCACCUCAGCCCUGUGUGCUACUGUUGUGUCAAUGACACGGGUCGGCCUUUGGAAAGCCUCCCCUCUGCCCUCUUCCCUUCCUGCCCUCCCCACGAAACUCCCAGGGCCUCCAGAGAAGGCCGGUCAUUCAGCCCAAGG